GCCUUCCCCAUCGAUCGACGCCGUCAUACCACCUGCCGGAUUGUGUCGACAUCAUUCUUUCCAUCCAUCGUGCAUUUCUCUGUUCGCAACCAUCUCGCCUGACUCAUCUAUUCUUUGAUCAAACACCGUGGUUCCGAUCUCUCCGGCCGUUCCUCCAUCUGUUCAUCCGUCCCGGUGUCAAACUCUUACUCCAGUCUUCCCCGCAUUGGCUACCAAACCACCCCGCCUGACACCCGUCACUCCAUCAUCCACCAACAUGGAGAACAACCAGCACAGUCCGAACUCUCUGCGCCCAACCUUCGCAGCCGACAUCCCCCGUCGAUCCUCGCAGGCGAUGUCCGGCUCUGAACGUCGCCGGUCCGCCAAUCUCAGUCUGAGCAGCAGUGCCGGCAACGGCUACGGCGAUGACCCCAACCUGCCCCCCGGUCUAGGCUCUCAUGGAUUACGAACCUCCAGUCCCUCCAGCAUCGCGGGAUCCCCCAUCGUCGCAACCGGGGACCCACACCACCAGCGGGCUCCGUCCUUGGGGGAGUUGCACCAGGAGUUGGAACAGGAGCAAGAGGCGCAAGUCAACCGUCUGUUGCAGAUGAUCCGCAGUCAGCAGAGCCAGCUCCAGAACUUGCAGCAGCAGCAACCGGGUACGGCUGUUGUCGACGAUUCCUCCUUUCCGCCUUUUGCGCCUCCUCCGGCUCAUCGCACGUCCGUCCACCAACCGUCGUCGCUGUCUGGGCGUCGCUCGUCGCGACACUCGAGUCAAGCGGCGUCUCCGAAUUUACGGCCGAUGAGAAGGGGUUCAGAUGUGCCAGAGGGGCCGGGGCUAGGAGCUGCGGCUGCGGCUGGGGAUAGUCCGGUGCGACGGGGGAGUCGAGAUGACGGCGCGUUCUACCAGGCGGAGGCAGCCAUGUUGACGAGGGAGAAUCAACUGCUGCGCCAGCGCAUUCGUGAACUGGAACGGCAGGUUAGCGACUUGAACCCCGCCCGAUCGGAGGUUCCGGCUGCUACCGGCGAGACCACGGAAAAGACAUGAUGGUCAUUCACCCUUUUACGACUGAUGUUUCCCCGACCACAUUCUGACUAGACAGGCGGAAUGUGGGUGCUUAGGAUUCCUUCCAUGACGAGGGAUAUUGUCUCGCCGAGUAAUACGCGCGAGUGG